CUGUUGCUGCAUUCCUAUGCCCGUCGGAAAGCCGCCGGCCUUUUUUUACGCGUGUGUGUGUUUGGAGUGUGUGCUUGUGUUUGUGAAUGUGACAACCGGGAUCAAAAGUCUUUCCUAGAGAUCUGCACGUUGCCUGUGCUGUGCAUGGAAUGUAUCGCCCGUCAAGACAGAAGCUGCGACUACAGCAAAGGCAGAAAUAGGCUAAAAACUCUAUUUGGGGGAGUUUUGUGCAAACAACAUACCUCUCGAUCUUGGAACAGUUUCGCAAUUGCGUCCUUUCCUGCACAAUGACAGAAGUGGCCAGCCCCGCUUCAGUAAUGGAAUCGGAGAUGAUGUUUCAGCCAGAGUCCGAUCAGAUCUCUCCAGGUGAACCUAAGUCUCCGCCCCUGGAUCUGAUCGACACAGGGAAAGGACUGAAGGUCCAGACAGCAACUCCUCAUCUGGUUAGCCUGGGCAGUGGAAGACUGAGUGUGGCUAUUACUGUUCUGCCGCUGAAAGAGGGGGUAACGCGCAUAGGCACAGAAGAUGCUCCAAUUCCUCAGGAUAUUACCAUUCAAGGGCCUGGCAUCGAGGCAGAGCACUGUCUAAUCAUCAAUGAAGGAGGGGUGGUGACCCUGGACCCCUGUGGCCACCUCUGCAGUCUUGAUGGAGUCCAGGUCACUGUACCAACACCACUCACUCAGGGUUAUUCUUUGUGUCUGGGAAAAUCCUAUUUGUUCCGGUUCAACCAUCCUGAGGAAGCCAGCAGAAUGAAGAGCAUGCUUCCCCAAAAGAGUCCUGUAUCGGCUUUAGCCUACAACACAGACUACCUGAAGUUUAGCAGUGACUAUAGCCAUGCAGUUGUGGGCGGCACCAGUAGUGCUAGGGGCAUGCGAUCAGCAUCUGAGCUUCGGGACUUGAUGGACACCCUGCAGCGUAAGAAAAUUGCCCUUGAAAACAGCCUGAGAGCCAACGGGAAUGCCAACCCCUCCUACUUCAGUGUGACACAGUCUCCCCCCACCACACCUGUCUCCAGUCCUGCCACAUCUUCAUCAGCCUAUCAGGAACAGGCAAGGCGUUUCUAUAGCUCCGAUCGUCCUUCUUUGUCUUUAAAAUCUGCUCCACCUCUUUCCCCUGGGCGACGUUCCGACCCUUCUUCUUCUUUGGCCUCGCGCUCUUCUGUUGGCCGCAGUCAGGACAAUUUUGGCACCAGCGAUAGCCGACGACUGCACAGUCAGAGCUCCUCUCCUUUACUCUCCACCUGGAAUGGUGGGGGAUCUUCCACUUCUGUUGCCAGUAGUGAGAACUAUCUCCUCUCUCUUCCUCCAUCUUCUUCCUCAUCCCGCACUCCAUCUUCUGGGGGCGCUGCCAGCAUGCCCUCUAGCCCCCGUCUAGGACGCCGCACCUAUGGGAACCAGGGGAACCAGGAGCCGACGCCCACUAGUCGAACCAGGAAAUACUCAGCAGGCUCGCUGAGUGGGAUGACAACAGGAGGACACAGCCGCUCACUGCCACGCCUCUGUCCCUCCCCGUCCCCCCGUGACAAUAAUAAUGGAGUGCUAACUUUGUCAACGCUGCCUCCACGGAGGUCUGAUACUGCUGGGGAUUACAAAUUUAGCAAAGAGCAUUACAGCAACGGCCAAAACGCUGACCUCGACCACAAGUCUAGUCAUUCCAGUCAGCAAGCCGCAAACAGGAAUAAAAGCCAGACCACAGCUCAAGGUGAAGGUGUUGUGUCGAUCUCCCUCUCUUCCCCUAGGACCUCCUCCUGCUCCACCUCCCACUCCAUCUCUUCCACAUCCACAUCCACAUCCACUCCACCAGAUGUAACAAUCCCAUCACGGGCAGGGGGCUCCUCUUCUCCUCGUGUUGCCAAAAAACUCAGCCUGACCUCCACCAGCUCAAUAGGCUCCAUCAGCUCUAUAGCUUCGAGCCCUCCAGAACAAGAACGGCUAAGCAGCAAUGAAGCCUCCUCAGGAGCAGAAAUGUCUGUGGUGGAGCAAGAAAAACCAGGGGUGGGCCUUGAACUCACCGUUACAGCUGGACUAGGACUUAGAGAGAGGAGCUCUUCAUUUGGGAAGGCCAGCCUGGAAACUGGAAUUGGUCUGGGGGAGAGGAGGCAGUCAUUUGGCAAAGCAGGGGUGACCCCGCCAGGGGGAUUCAGGGAAAGAAGGGGGAGUAUCAGCUCCCUAAGUGGGAAGGAAGAACUGACAGACUACCACCAACGCCAAAAAGAGGAGAGACUCCGUGAGCAGGAGGUGGAGAGACUGGAGCGACAGCGGCUCGAGACCAUCUUGUCUCUUUGCUCUGAGCUGGGCCGAGCUGAAAGGGACGGAGGCGCCGCAGCCACCAGCUCCACUUCAGCUGUUGCAGACCUGCAGAAGAUCAACCAGGAGCUUGAGAAGCUGCAGCUGAACGACGAAGAUGAUGACACGCCUUCUGUCUUUUCCGACUCUUCAGCUGUUAGUGGAACAGUCGGAAAUGGGCACAUGACCUCCCCUGGAUCGGAGAACGGUUACUAUGAUGAUGACCUGCAGGUACGACGGAGGCGUAGCAGCGGUCACCGAGACAACAGGGCCGAAUCGCCUGCCAUCAGUCUGCGAAGCUUUGCCCCCACACCUUCACCACGUGCACAUAGGACAAAUGAGGCUCUAGAGGAUGCAGCUCGCCAUUGUGGACAGCACACGAUCCCUUCAGAAGAGGAAGUGAGGCGCGUGGAAGAGGAGAGAAUCCAGGUCCUGAACAACAUGGAGGAGCUUGAACAAAAGAUCAAAGAGCUGGACAAUCAAAUUGAGGAAUCUGCCCGAGAGGUCGAGGUUGAGCGAGCUCUAGUUGAAGCUGAGCAGGAGUCCGAGGUAGCAGCUCUUCAACACGAAAAAGAUGCUUUAGAAGCGCUUCACAACAAGAUGGCUGACCUAGAGACCCAAUCCCAGCAGGAAAAAGAAAAGGCGUGCAAGCUGCUGCAGGCAGAAAAGGGCAGAGUAGAAAGGUUGGCUCAGAUUGUGUGUGAGCAGCGCUCCCAGCUGGACAGCUGUCCUGAGGCCACCAAGGAGCCCCUGCAGGAGCAGCUAGCCAGGGACUGCGAAGUGCUUGAAGCAGAGACAAAGCGUUUUGAGGACCUGGAGUUUCAGCAGCUCGAGAGAGAAAGCAGGCAGGACGAGGAGAAGGAGACCCACACCCAGCAGCUUCUCCGGGAGAUCGCAGACUACCAACGCAGCACCGUCACCCGCAAGGAGCGUCUGUUAACUCUGAAGAAGCAGGCGGCGCAGAUUAUGCAGCAGGCUCAACGAGAGAAGGAGAGCUUCUUGAAGGAGAGGAGCAACCUUGAGUCCAUGCUGCAGAGAGAGAAAGAAAGCCUGACUGUGCUGGAAAGAAAAUACGCUGACCUCACCGGUGGACGGAGUUUCACCCUGAGAGAGGGCUAUGUCACAGUCAGUGAAAUCAAUGAGCUUUACUCACAGCUUGGGCAAGACCCUAAACCUGCUCCUGCCCCCACUCUGACCAAAGCCUCUCCUGAGCCCGAGGCAACCCUUUCCCCUGAUGAGGACACCCCCAAACCUGCGGAGGAUGAGCAUUUCCGUCUGCUGGAGGAGAGGAAGAGGUCUGAGAAAGAAAGUGGCUCACAUCUAAGUGAUACUUUACCUAGGAAGAAAACCGCGACCGCCAUGAACCCCCAGUUUAUGUGCGCAACACUCGGGCGCAGCUUCCCCACAAAGUCCCAUCAGCCUCUGGUACAGAGUACAAGCUGUGGCAGUAUUCUUCCAAGAAUCCUCAGUUUAUCCAAUAAGGAAAGUGAAUCUCGACGUCUGCAUAAAGGUCAGCCGAGCUCCCGAGCUGCUUCUCAGACCAACGUCUACCUCGAUGCCUUUGGGUACCGUGAAAACCAGGCCUUUGACACAAUGAGUGUGGAUAGUAGUGACUCUAUUGAAACCAGCAUCUCUGCUUGCUCACCUGACAACGUCUCCAGUGCCAGUACGUCAAAUGUAGCCAAGCUGGAGGAGAUGGAGCGCCUGCUGAGAGAGGCACAGGCCGAGAAGAACCGCCUCCUCGAACACAAGGAGCGGGAAAUGGAAAUUCGAAAGCAGGCCUUGGAAGAGGAGAGGAGGAGACGGGAGGAUCUGGAGAAAAGGUUACAAGAGGAGACCAACAGACGCCAGAAACUGAUCGACCGCGAGGUGAAGCUUCGAGAAAAGCAGAGGGCGCAGUCCCGGCCUCUUACUCGGUAUCUGCCUGUGAGGAAGGACGAUUUUGACUUGCGGGCUCACAUUGAGUCGGCGGGCCACAGCCUAGACACGUGCUUCCACCUGUCCAUCUCAGAAAAGACCUGCCGAGGCUACUUGGUCAAGAUGGGAGGCAAAAUCAAAACGUGGAAGAAACGCUGGUUCGUCUUUGACCGCAACAGACGCACACUAUCCUACUACGCAGACAAGCACGAAGUCAAGUUGAAAGGAGUCAUUUACUUCCAAGCUAUUGAAGAAGUAUACUACGAUCACUUGAAGAAUGCACACAAGAGCCCAAACCCCUCCCUGACCUUCAGUGUGAAGACUCACGAUAGGGUCUACUACAUGGUUGCUCCUUCUCCCGAAGCCAUGAGGAUCUGGAUGGAUGUGAUCGUCACAGGCGCUGAGGGAUACACUCAGUUCAUGGUGUAGUGAAGCAGAUCUACGGGCGUCAUGUUUUUUUAAUGCGGCAGUCCUUUGUGGGUUUUGAAGACAAAAGUAUCAGCUCCUGAUUUUCCUCCUGGAUGAAGAUUAUGUGCAUUUGUGUUACACAGAUAACACUUCAUGUUGUGUUACAGAGCUCUCAUGUGAAAUUGCGGGCAGAUAUCAGACAGUUUAACAGUUUAACUGUCUUCAGAAAAGAAUAAAGUUUUUUUGUUCUGAUUUUUUUAUGUAAGUUAGAAGCAUUAGUUAAACCAGAGCUGACUUUGGCCUCUAUAUUAUGCCCUACAGUGUUCAACAUCUUAUACAAACUGUAUACAUAUUUCCAAUAUUUCCAAAGAAAUGGGGGAAAAGGCAUUUAAAAGCAUUUGUAGAUUAUGAAAUGCCUCAUAAUCUAGUAAAGGUAUAUUUUUUAAAUGAAUUCAUUUCAUGUAUGAUUAAUGGGGCAUUCUCAGGUCUUAAAUCUGUGCGUGGAUGUGCAUGCAUGCAUCAUAUGAUCAUGUGUGAAUAUAUACACAUGUGAUGAAUUGCCUGCUCUGUGUGUGCACGCAGGCUUUUCGUGUAGCUCCAAGGUGCUAUACUUAAACAGUAAAUGACACUAAUAUUGCAAGCCACACUCGCACAAACCAAACUAAUCAGCCCUUCUCUGAAUGGAUGCAGAUGCCGGGUUUACAACAGUGUCAACAUAGGUAACGUGUUAAUAAAACGCCAACGUAUUUGUACAUUUUGCCUGCUAAUUUCUUAAAGGUUAUGACUUCUAUGAUCCAUUAUCAACUAAAGAUGUUUGUUUGUGCCUUUUAAUCACAUUUUAACUAAUUUUUUUAGCACUACAUGCAUCUACAUACAAAAUGCCAAAGUGGUGAGAAAGUACGCUAGUGUGGAAUUGUGGUCCUGGAUGGUUUUUUAAGGAAGAACUUCAGCAGGAUGAAGUUUCAUUGUUAGAUGUCAAGCAGACGAAAUCUAUGGUACACACAUUUAUUUGUCCUAAAGUGACUGAUUACUGUGCUGCUGCUUUAGUCCACUACAUUUCAUUACAUUGCAUUUAUUACCACUAAUUUAAUGUGUUUUAUUUUUUUAAUGACUAUUCCACUAUGAUCACUAAUGCUGCUUUAUGCAUAUGUAUAUACUCCACGCUGCAUUGGCAUAUUUCUGUCCGCUGAUAUCUGCAUUUAUAAUCUUGCCUCCUGUGUUUUUGUGUGCUGACCAAACUUUAUACAUAUGUGAUACAAUGUAUAUUUGGUUUCUUUGCUUUGAAAUAUCUUUUAAGUGGAAUAUUGUCUGUUUCGACAUGACGUGCCAAGCAUAUUGUUACCAAACUAAUGGAGUUGUCACAGAGGAAGCUUUCAUGUGUUUUAAUUCAUCCAGUAUUUUUAUAUAAUUGUUUUUAUGUUGAUUUUACUGUAUUUAUGACAGUACCAAUGCAUGUAUCUUAAUUUUGUAUUUUCAUAUGAAUAAUAAAAAAGAAUAUAUAAUAAA